AAUAAGGGCUUGUGGGAUCCGUUUCCAUAUUCGCUCGCUUGUGCUAAUUCGUAUGCUGGUGUAGUCUGCGCCCGCGCCGCUUAUAUUCCCUUUUUCUUUUUCUCGCUAAACAAACAGAAAAUCAGCAACCCUCUCCUUUUACAUUCUGUGGUAAUUUAACUAAGAGCUGAAUCUUAUGGCGUCUUCUUUGGCUUCUCCGUCCCCAACUUCUUCCUUUAUCAGGAACAAGAAAGAUUUGGGUGUCUCUGCUUUCCCUUCAACAUCUCAAAUCGCCAUUCAGAAAUGUAAGAAACAAGCUUCGAAGAAAAUCGUCUCAGUCAUGGCACCUCAGCAAUCAGAGCGUAAACCAGCGACCACAGGCUCUGUGAAGACUGGAAUGACAAUGACAGAAAAGAUUCUUGCAAAAGCCUCUGAGAAACCACGGCUGAGUCCUGGUGAUAAUGUUUGGGUUAAUGUUGAUAUAUUGAUGACACAUGAUGUUUGUGGUCCUGGUUCCAUUGGUAUCUUCAAGAAAGAAUUUGGUCAAAAUGCAAAGGUUUGGGACCGUGAAAAGAUUGUUAUUAUACCUGACCAUUACAUAUUUACAAGUGAUGAACGCGCAAAUCGGAACGUAGAUAUUUUGAGGGAUUUUUGCACAGAGCAAAAUAUCAAGUAUUUUUAUGAUAUAAAAGAUCUUAGUAAUUUUAAGGCAAACCCUGAUUAUAAAGGUGUAUGCCAUGUUGCACUUGCCCAAGAAGGUCACUGCAGGCCUGGAGAGGUUUUGUUAGGGACAGAUUCUCACACAUGUACUGCUGGAGCAUUCGGUCAAUUUGCUACAGGAAUUGGAAAUACUGAUGCAGGCUUUGUCUUAGGCACCGGGAAGCUUCUGCUCAAGGUUCCACCAACAUUGAGAUUUGUGAUGGAUGGUGAAAUGCCUCCUUAUCUGCUUGCAAAGGAUUUGAUUUUGCAGAUCAUUGGUGAAAUAUCUGUAGCCGGUGCAACAUAUAAAGCCAUGGAGUUUGUCGGAACAACGGUUGAAAGUCUAAAUAUGGAAGAACGGAUGACGUUAUGCAACAUGGUUGUUGAAGCUGGGGGAAAGAAUGGAGUCGUUCCCGCUGAUAGUACUACAUUUAAGUACCUUGAGGGUAAAACAUCCCUGCCAUAUGAACCAGUUUACAGUGAUGCACAAGCAAGUUAUCUUUCCGAGUACAGAUUUGACAUCUCAAAGUUGGAGCCCUUGGUGGCUAAGCCACAUUCUCCUGAUAACCGUGCUUUGGCAAGAGAAUGCAAAGAUGUUAAAGUAGACAGAGUUUAUAUUGGAUCUUGUACUGGUGGUAAAACUGAAGAUUUUCUUGCUGCUGCUAAAGUCUUUCUAGCUUCAGGAAAGAAGGUCAAGGUUCCUACAUUCCUUGUCCCGGCUACACAAAAGGUUUGGUUGGACUUAUAUGCUCUCCCUGUACCCGGAUCUGGUGGGAAGACAUGCUCCCAGAUAUUUGAAGAAGCUGGCUGUGACACACCCGCAAGCCCUAGCUGUGGUGCUUGUUUGGGUGGCCCGAAAGACACAUAUGCACGAAUGAACGAACCAAAGGUCUGUGUCUCAACAACAAACCGGAACUUCCCUGGUCGGAUGGGGCACAAAGAAGGCCAGAUAUAUCUUGCUUCUCCGUAUACAGCAGCUGCAUCAGCUUUGACCGGUUAUGUCACCGAUCCAAGAGAGUUUUUGCAGUAAGAAACUUGAGUAAUUUGUUUUGUAGGUUUAAAUGUAUGGCUCAUAUGAAUAAACUAUAGGUUGAAAAAAGAACCAAAAAAAAGAACUUUUUGUUGUAUCCUAUUGUCCAAUGGAUUCAUGCAAGAAAUGCCAAGAAAAACUUGAAUCUCUCUUUCGUAAGCUUUCAUAAAUGAAAUUGUUGUUUGGACAA